AUGAUGGACUGGUCUGAAAUCAAUAAAUCAGUUUCUCAAUUCGGAUUUUUUGUUACAACGUCAUCACAGCUUACUGUCAUCUUCCUGACAGUGUUCUGCGUGAGAAGAGACUUGGGAGCCUACAAGCAUCUGGUAGUCUUGUUCUCAACUGUUGGCGUACUAUUUGCACUUUUGGAGUUUCUGUUAUAUCCGGCGAGUGGUCUCCACUCGCACAGUGCCGCAUACAUCGUCUACAUUAACAAUCGUCCAUUUGAUGCUUCAAAGGAAUUUCUUACAGUCUUAUUAGCGGUAUAUUGUAGCCUGUACUGUGCCGCAAUAUCUCUUCUCGCUGUGCAGUUCAUCUACCGCUACAUUGCAGUGUUUUGUCCAAUACACUUGAAAUAUUUUAACAAAUGUUAUUUAUUGAUUUGGAUUUUUUACGCAGUUUUGAUUGGAGUUGAAUGGGGAAUCGGUAUCUACAAGUUUGAUGAAGUGGACGAAUACUCUGAAGAAUACAUGAGAGAGACCAUGAUGGACUAUUACCAACUUGAUGUCACGAAGAUCCCAUGUUUGGUAACUGUUAUUUAUCAAACAAUUCCCAACUCCACCGAAACAUUCAUCCGCUGGAAAAACGCAUUCGCAACAAUAAACAUGACAAUAUUCGCUACACUACAAUACUCUAUCAUGAUUUACUGCAGCUACAAACUGUAUAAUGAUAUGGAAGAAAAACUGAGCCUAUUGUCAGAAGAUGCUCGGAAGCUUCAUCGUCAAAUAUUCAAAACUCUCCUGCUUCAGUUAAUAACGCCAACCAUUGCUAUGUACACGCCAGUUUUCACAGUAAUUUACCUACCGUUUUUGAAUCUGGAAUACACGUUGCCAACUGGAAUAUUUAUGGGCAUUUUUGCUCUUUAUCCGGCUCUGGAUGCAGUUAUAUUGAUGUAUGUCAUCACAGACUACAGGAGAGCUCUCAUAGACGUUCUGAAAUUUUUCAAUCUAUUCAAAAAAGCAAUUGUAGUUCCACAGCAACCGACGAAUACUCUUUGA